AUGCGGCAUACAGUUACCAUUCCAACUCCUCCAGUUCGCAACCAUAUGCUGCUACGCAAUCUCAGCCACGCUCGAUGCGCCCACCGGGCCCACCAGGCCAGGGAAAUGGACGACCUCCAGGCCCUGGAUACGAUGAUCGGCGUGGCUACCCUCCUGGCGGAAGACCACCGCCGCAAUCGCGGUCAAGAACACCUGGUGGACGCCCACCCCCAGGCGGUACCUUCGAUAAUCCCUUUCCCUCCUUUCCAAAUCGAGACCCAAGAGAUCCGAGGGCGCCCAGAGACCCGCGAGACCCGCGAGACCCUAGAGGCCCUAGGGAUCCUAGAGACCCUAGGGGCCCUAGAGACCCUAGAGACCCGAGGGAUCGGCGCGGUCCGCCACCACGAGGGCUAG